AUGCCACCAGCUUCCGCAUCGAAAGCCAAGAGAGAGGCCAAGAAAGCCGAAAGAGACGCCAAGAGAGCUUCCGAAGGUAAGACCGUGCGUGCGUCCAAGAAGAAGGAGGGCGCCGAGGACGAAACAGAGGCCACAGCCCGCGAGAUUGCGCAAAUGAAGCUGCAGCUCGACAAGGACGGUAUUUCGGACCGUGUGGUGACCGGUGUGCUCGACUCGCUAGCCACAUCGCGCGAUGUCAAGCUCUCGUCCGUGUCGCUGCUGUUCCACGGUAAAGUUUUGAUCCAGGACUCGCAGCUCGAACUCAACUACGGCCGUCGUUACGGUCUGCUGGGCGAGAACGGGUGUGGUAAGUCCACAUUCCUCAAGUCGCUCGCUACCCGCGAAUAUCCAAUUCCAGAGCACAUCGAUGUCUACCUAUUGGACGAGCCCGCCGAGCCUUCCGAGUUUUCGGCUCUAGAUUACGUCGUUAACGAGGCCCAAAACGAACUCAAGCGUCUCGAGGAUCUCGUCGAGAAGACUAUUCUUGAAGAGGGUCCAGAGUCCGACGUUCUAGACGGUAUCUACGAGCGUAUGGACUCCCUCGACCCUUCCACUUUCGAAAGCAGAGCCGCCGUCAUUCUUAUCGGUCUCGGUUUCAACUCGAAAACCAUUAACAAAAAGACCAAAGACAUGUCCGGUGGGUGGAAAAUGCGUGUCGCUUUGGCCAAAGCUUUGUUUGUUAAGCCAACACUACUACUAUUGGAUGACCCAACUGCUCAUUUGGAUCUAGAAGCCUGUGUUUGGUUGGAAGAAUAUUUAAAGAGAUUCGACAGAACUUUGGUUCUCGUCUCACAUUCCCAGGAUUUCCUAAAUGGUGUCUGUUCUAACAUGAUUGAUAUGCGUAUGCAAAAAUUGAUAGCCUAUGGUGGUAACUUUGACUCUUACGUCAAGACCCGUUCCGAACAAGAAACCAACCAAAUGAAACAAUACGCUAAGCAACAAGAAGAAAUCGCCCAUAUCAAAAAAUUUAUUGCCUCUGCAGGUACUUAUGCCAACUUGGUCAGACAAGCCAAAUCUAGACAAAAGAUCUUGGAUAAGAUGGAAGCCGAUGGCCUUAUUGAGCCCGUUGCUUCUGACAAGGUAUUUUCGUUCCGUUUCCCAGAAGUGGAAAGACUACCACCUCCAGUGCUGGCUUUCGACGAUAUCUCUUUCGCUUAUGAUGGCAAAGCUGAAAACAAUUUGUACGAGCAUUUGAACUUCGGUGUAGACAUGGACUCUAGAGUCGCCCUCGUGGGACCUAACGGUGUGGGUAAAUCCACCCUGUUGAAAAUUAUGACUGGUGAUUUGUCUGCACAGUCCGGACGUGUAUCUCGUCACACUCACGUCAAGUUGGGUGUUUACUCUCAACAUUCUCAAGACCAAUUGGACUUGAGCAAAUCUCCUCUAGAAUUUGUUCGUGACCAAUACUCUCAUAUUUCUCAUGAUUUCCAAUACUGGAGAGGCCAAUUAGGUCGUUACGGCUUGAGUGGUGAAGCACAAACCUCUCAAAUGGGUACUCUGUCAGAAGGCCAACGUUCUCGUGUCGUUUUCGCUUUGUUGGCACUACAAGCUCCUAACGUCUUGCUACUUGAUGAACCUACCAACGGUUUGGACAUUGCUACAAUCGACUCUUUAGCCGAUGCUAUUAACGAUUUCAAUGGUGGUGUUGUAGUUGUCUCACACGAUUUCAGACUUUUGGACAAGAUUGCCAAGGACAUUUUCGUUGUCGAAGACAAGACGGCCACCAGAUGGAAUGGUAAUAUUUUGGAUUACAAGAACAAGUUGGCCAAGAACGUUGUUUUGUAA